CAGGGCCAUUGGAAAACCACACAGCUACAAUGAAGAUGGGAAUCCUUGAAACAGUUAGCAUCAGGAGCAUGAUGAAGUUUAAGAGCCCUGUCAACUGUGCUGAAUGUCUGCUGUCCUGGAAGAGGAGAUGGUGCUCGACAAUAGGACGCUUUAUCAGUGCAUCGUUUGUGCUUUUGGAUUAUAGUAUCUACUCAACCUGGAAUACAAUGACUAAAUAGGUUUACAUGGUAAAUAUUUGAAAACAGAUGCAGCUUUAUGUGCUUGAAGUUCCUCUUGAAGAUUUUUUUUUACUUUUCUUGAAACUUUUAUAAGUUUUUUUUUUGUUCUGGAAUCAUCUGUGUCAACUGGGUAAAGUAACCCAUUGUUUAGAUUUGAUGGUGCUUUUGACAAUUUUAAUAUUCAUUAAUUAAUUUUCCUUCUGCUUAGUCCCCUGUUUAUGAGGGGGAGCCACAGCGGAAUGAACCGUUCAUUGUUUAUAUGCAAAUAUAUUAGAUGUUUAAUGUUAAUGAAUGGGUUUAACCAUUAAAAAUGUGAUUUCAUAAGUUCAGAUUAUCUUUUGUAGAAUGAAAGUAUUCAGUUUUUUUUUUUUACAUUUUUGCAGAUAUUUGAGAUAUAUAUUAAGUACACUUCAGCUCUAUGUAUUGACCUUAUUCCUCACGUACGAGCAGGCGCAGCCAUUUGAAUCUUUUUGGCUGGAGAUUUCCGCUCUCAUUCACUUCCUUUGAUUUUUAGACGUUAAAAACUGUUUGUUUUGAUGCUUGAUGUUGCAAUCUGAUAUUUUCUUAAUAUAUUAUUCUGCUUUGUCUAUAGAGUCAUAAACACACUAGUUUGUAGAGCAAGUAGUUUGUCUGUUUUCCGCUGUUUAAUAUUCCUAGUCAUUUCUCCCAUAGGGCACUGAAUCAGAUGUUCGAAAACAAAUCGGAAAAACUUCCGCCUUAAAGAAUGAGGUCAAUAUUAGGAGAAAUUAAAUGCUAGAAUUUAUACGGUAUACUUUGUUGAAAUGUGUAAUGUAUUUGUUAUUCUAAAGUACUUUUACAAUAGUGUCUCUUUAAUAAAAAUAAAUAAAUAAAU